UGCCAACGUCUCCUACUGCCAACCACGGCCGCCGAAAUGGUUCCAAGCAUCCGGGGCGCUCGCAAGCGUCUGAUUGUCUGCUGCGAUGGCACAUGGAUGGACUCUCUGGGUAGCAAAGGCUCGGAGCCCCAAUCCAACGUGACCCGGAUCUCGCGCGUUCUCCGACGGACGUGCCAGGACGGCACUCAUCAGAUCAUCAUGUAUCAUGCUGGUGUCGGUAGCUCAGAGAGCAAGGUAGACAAGCUCACUGGAGGCCUGUUCGGUGUCGGCCUUGACCAGAGCAUCAGAGAGGUAUACAAUUUCAUUUGCACCAACUAUGUGGAUGGAGAUGACAUCAUCCUGAUUGGAUUCUCCCGCGGUGCCUUUACUGCGCGCUCCGUUGCCGACAUGAUUGCGACUGUUGGCUUGCUGACCUCUCAGGGGCUCGAAUGGUUCUAUGGCGUCUUUGAAGACUACGAGAACAUGGGGAGCACCGAUCGUGACUUGGGCGAUUUCUUGUAUCCCGAUAUACUACCAUACCGAGGCGAGAAGGGGGCCGCCAAGGUGAAGUGGGAGACGGAGCGAAGAUUAGGAUACAAAUCCUGGCUCAGCAAGAACGGUCUUGCAAGGUACACUUAUGAGGACGGCCAAGCUGUGCGUGACAUUGCCAUCAAAGCCGUCGGUGUCUGGGACACAGUGGGCACCUUAGGAAUCCCUCCGGCUCCAUUCGCCAACACUCAGAUAUCAGACCUUGUGGAGAACGCGUUCCACGCUCUGGCUCUCGAUGAACCUCGGUACGCGUUCCGCCCAGCGCUGUGGGAGAAGCUCGACGGCAACAAAACCAAUCUCAAGCAAGUUUGGUUCCCGGGCAAUCACGCCGGCGUCGGAGGGGGUUGGCACGAGCAGCAAAUUGCCAACAUCACCCUGGCCUGGAUGUGUGACCAACUGUCUACCGUUGGGGUUGAGUUCAACCAGGGCCGAAUGCAAGACAUCUUCACGCAAAGCCUGCGGUACUCUGCCGGACAUCCAUUCUCCUAUGUCCCUUCGAGCCAAUGGACGUCGUGGCUGUGGCCAAAGCAGCAACUGCCGUGGGCAAACCCCAAGAUCUGUCCGGUCGAGGCGUCGAGUAUUCGUCGCGACGAGUCUGAAUGCGACGGAAAGGACCGCCAUCCCAUAGGCAGUGAGCAAGAGCUGUGGAAGACGGCCCGUCCCUGGGGCCUAGGUCAGAUCCGGUAUCCCACCAGUCGACUCCAGACCAUGGCGGGGACCACUGUCCGGCACCCCGGGACUUUCAUGCGUACUGAUCCGGAAACCAACGAGGACACCGACCAGCCCUUGCUUCACACGAAUGAGAGAAUCCACAGUAGCGUGAGGGUUCGUCUAGCCUGCCAGGGCCUAGGGAUGGAUGACGCGGAAAUAUGGGACUGCAAGCCUCUCACCAAGGACGACGAUGGGGGAGAGCUCUGGAAGCUGCAACGCGGGUCUGGGCUAGACCUCUCCUCGUCUGCUGAGACCCGUAAGCCAAGGGAGUUGGAUGCUGACGCCGAGGGUUACGACGCCAGGCUCUAUCCCGUCGAGAAGGACGAUGGGCUCUGGCAGUGGGUUUUUGCUGGUGCAGAUGGGCACCCCGAAGCCGUUCCGCUUGUUAGAACCCUGCCGGAGGAGCCCAUGACGGGAUACUGGGAACGGUACCUGCUUGCUUUGACAGCGGGAAGCCCCGACGUGUGGAGGUGGGCGGAGGAGAACCCUCCUUUUGGCUUGAGCUAGGCAGACUGCUAGUUCGUCCCCGUCACUGCCUGUGGCGCCCGGAUGGAAAUCACGAGAAUAUGGAGGUUCGGACGGAUACGGUUAUAUGUCUCGACCCUUUACCUUGCCCUAAUGUUACAAAAGUCAAAUCAGAG